CCAUGGCGUUGGUGACAGCAGCGCCAUCAGUGCCAGCUUGAACAGUGGCCUUGGCAGACAAUGGAUACCUCCGUUCCUCCAUGUGCAUGACCCUAAAGAGUCCCUGUACACCCUCUCACACUCACGGCCAUGACAGACUUCAUUCGUCGUCUUGUCUCCCUCGACAAGGCUAGAUAUAAGGACGAUGAACUGGACAUUGACCUCGACCUUGUCUACAUCACCGAGCAAGUGAUUGUGAUGGGGUACCCUGCAUCCGGGUUGGAAGCGUUGUAUCGCAACCGACGCGAGGAUGCCAAACGUUUCCUGGAGCAUCGUCACGGCAAGAACUUCUGGGUGUUCAAUUUCUGCCCAGUGGCAGAGAACUGCUACCCUGCCAGUAUUUUUGAUGGCAGAGUUAGCAGAUACCCGUUUCCUGACCACCACGCUCCACCGCUGGCGAUCCUUCCAUUAGUCGCCCGCGAGAUACGAGCAUGGUUAGAGCCUUCCAAAGAGCGAGUCGCGGUCCUGCACUGCAAAGCUGGCAAGGGACGAUCAGGUACCAUGGCGUGCGCGUACCUCCUCACAUCCGACCAAGCACCCAGUCCCCAAACGGUCAAGCGAAGUCAGACAGCGAAGGAUGAAGCGACCGCACGCGCACAGCAAAUUAUGAACUCAAUGCCUUCGGAUGAUAACUCACAAGAUGUCCCUCCUCAGACCGAGCCUGGAACGCCCGUACCUCCCGACAUGACCGACGAUGAAGGGAUGAAUGCCAUGCAGCAGCAAGGUUCUCAAGGCGACCACGCCGAGAAUCUCACACGAGUCCUUGAACUGCACACAUCGAAACGGAUGAGGCGCCCCACUUCGCCCUCCCAGCAGACGAAACAAGGUGUCAGCAUCCCGAGCCAGCGCAGGUGGCUAUACUACUGGUCUCUUGUCAUCUCACAUCAAGCUCCGCCAGGCUUCUGGUCAAAGGAGUCUGGAGUCCUGAAGCGCCCCCCGCCGAAAAUCCGCCUCACACAGGUCGCGAUCCGUAUGCGCGAGCUGUCUGGUGUGAAGGUGAACCUGAUGCGCGCUGCCAACGCGCUCCUCGAACGGACUAGCUAUGCCAAAGCGCCCAAGGGCGAAAUUGCGACAGCGUCGCGGGCAGGCGGGCGCAUAUGGGUGUCGCUCGCGCGGUACGACGAUGACCUAACUGAGACGCUGGAACGGUGGGAGCGGCAGACACGCGACGACGGCGGGAACAUGGGGCGACGCAAGCCGGGAAGCGAGAGAGUGGGGGACGAGGCGCUCUCGGGCGUCUUCGAGGAUGACAUAUGGGACAAGGGCAAGAUGGUCAGGCCGUUCGCGCGCCUGGGGGUGGUGCGGGAGGAAGACUACCGGAAGGAGGACACUCAGACGGAUGGAAAAGUGGUGACGCGGGUCCUCAAGCCUUUGACAGAUGACAAGUGGGGCAAACUCAAGGAGACGAUAAGACAGCAUGCGGAAAAGGAAGUGCAAGAGCAAGACGAGAAAGCGCUAUCGGAUGGAGUGACCGAUGUACAUGUCGAGUCAGAGAGCACGUCCAUCAGCGACGUUACCCAGACGUUGAAAGACGAUCAAGGCGUCGUGCUAAAUGCUGAUCGGGAGGUGCGCGUCAAGGUCUACAUGGGUCAGGUCUUCCUGGGCUGGUUCUGGUUCAUCCCCACCUUCCACAUGCCACAUCCCCGUACUCCGAUCGGCCAGAGCUCAACGCUGGUCCUGACGCGGAAGGAACUCGACUUUCCCGUCGGAAUAGGGGCCAACAUCAUCGACGUGACAGUUUCGAUGGAUUGGGUGCCUGAAAAGGCAGACGUGCUCGAUCCGCCGUCACGCGAGGGCAGCCUGGCGUCCCGCCAGGGACGUGGAGAGCCUGCGGUGCUAGCUUCGUCGUUGCUGGCUGCGAGCGACCCCAUUGCGGGCGUAGUGGACACCAAGCAAGCGGCGGAGGACUAGAUCAUAUCACCGACUGUGGAAAUCUACGUACACUCAAUAAUUUUCCAUACCGAUGAAGAGUCGGAACGAGGGGCUGCUGGAUCCGAUACGUAUGUCAAUACGGUGGCAGGAAGGCCGACAAGCACAGCUCGUUAAUGCGGCCGGGGUUUGUGCGGUCAAACCUUGUCACAUAAGCUCACUCGAAGUUCGAAGUCAGGAGAACCCACCUGGCUUCCGAUCCGGUCAACGGGCUCACACUGCCUAAGGUGCACGAGGAUGUUGGCAGUCAGACAGAUAGUAUACAAUGUCAGCGGAGUUGGUGGCCGUCGACUGAAUCAC